ACUACACAACUCCAUAAGAUCUGAAGUAUGAGUGGGGAACUCUGUCAAAGCGAAUAUCAUUCUCAGUUAUCCAAAUUCAACAUUUUUCUCGAAAUGUUCUCUUUUCUCAUCCCAUUGUGGGACGCUAAUAAGGUUACUAUUGCUUCUGUGGCCUCCGUAGUCUUCUUAGCCUUUGCCGGUUUAACAAUGGCCGUUUCGGCCGUGGCAUUAGUUGUAUCCGCACCGCUUUUCAUCAUAUUCAGCCCGAUUCUCGUACCCGCGACUAUAGCCACUACCCUCCUAGCCACUGGGUUCACGGCCGGUGCCACUCUCGCACUGACUGCCAUUGGCCUCAUCAUAGGGCUCAUUAGGACUGCGGAAGGAACUCGGUUGGCUCUGUCCGCCCAAAGAACAUUGAAAUUGCUAAAGUUUUCAGGUGGAUAUUGGGGAUUCUGGGGAGGAAAAACAUUUUCAGGAUCAUUCGGAGACAUUUUAAAAUGGUUACAAAAACAACCUUGGUUCAAAGGUAUACCGGCAGGCGGAGCAGCACCCCCGGCAGCGGAAGCUGCACCAGCGGCAGCGGAAGCUGCACCACCGGCAGCGAAAGCUGCACCACCAGCUGCAGGCGGAGCUGCACCACCAGCGGCAGGGGGAGCUGCACCACCAGCGGCAGACGGAGCUGCACCACCAGCGGCAGACGGAGCUGCACCACCAGUGGCAGGCGGAGCUGCACCAAGCAUGUAGCAUACGUAAAUUAUUGAAUCUGAAACCAAGCCAUUAAGGAUUUUAUGACUCGGAAACUAAAAGGAGACCAAGCCUUUUGAAUACGUUUUACGUAAUAUUGAAUCUGUUUAUAUUGAUAGAAGUAAAAGACUCGAUACAAAGUUUAUUGAAAAAUAAAGCAAAUCUAACCACACGAUUGUGGCGAGUGGUAAAGCGAGGUUACAAAGGUGAUAAGUACCCCGAGUUCAAAAUUCACCAUUUCAAGAUAUGUCUACUUGCGUGCUUAGGUGAUAUAUAUGGAUCAUGUGCUAGUUCUGUGUAUAUUAGUUCUUAAGCUAUUUCAGGAUCAUUUGCUAGUUCUGUGUAUAUUAGUUUCCUUUCAAUUGUACUUCACAUGUUCAACGACGCUACAUUCAGAUUGUAAUUCGUAGUGAUGAAAAUAGCAAAGCUCAUUGAUUAUUAUUAU